CAAGAGGCUGUUUCAAGCAGAGGCUCGUGCGAAAGAUUUUUCAUUCAUGUGCUGUGGCUAGGCCAUUAUUGAUAGAAAGACUAGCAAGUUACUACGAUUCUCGUGUUAAUAAAACCAUCUACUGGAGGAAAUAUCUUAAUUUCUUUAGAAAAAAUUUAUAUAAAGAUGGGUAAGAAGAAAGACCGUAGAAAAGGAGAGGCCAUAGGCGCUGAGGACAACGAAAUCGACGAUAAUAAAGACGACGUUGUUGGUGGUACUGACGUAAAAAGUAAGUCCAAGUCAAAAAAACGAUCAAAUAAACUAGAUAUGCUGAAACAGGCCAUAGAAGAGGGGGAUUCUGAUGGUGAUGAUAAUAAAGAAGCUCCGGUGGAUGAAACAAAGCAGGAAGAAGGGAAAAAAGGAAAGAAGGGCAGGAAUAGGAAAGCCGAAGGAAAAAAUUCCGCGGAAAAAGGAACAGCAGAUUCGCAAAUGGAGAGCAAGGACAACGAAGACGAAAUGGAUGAUUUAACCGAUGAUUUCAGUAAAACUCGGUUUGACCAUAGUUCAGAAAGUGAAACAGAAAAAGAUAAGGGCGAAGAAGACGAAAAAGCCAUGAGUAAGAAAAUGACAAGAAAAGAGAAAAAAGAAGCACAGAGAAAGGCAAAAUUUGAAGCUGAAAUGGGCAAGAUUGCUGUUGAAGGAUCACAGUUCUCAGUCUCACAACAAGAGCAAUCAGCCAAAGGAGCUCUGCUUGAAAAUGCAAUGGACAUCAAGAUUGAACAAUUCAGCAUAGCAGCUCGUGGAAAAGACUUGUUUGUUGAUGCAGAGCUAACAAUUGCACACGGAAGGAGAUAUGGCCUUGUAGGCCCAAAUGGAAUGGGUAAAACAACCCUCUUAACACACAUUGGAAGCCGUGCCCUAGCCAUUCCAUCGAGUAUUGACUGUCUGCUUUGCGAACAGGAUGUACAGGCUGAUGACACGCCCGCUGUUGAUGUUGUUUUGAAGGCUGACAAGAAAAGAACAGCGCUACUGGAAGAAGAGAAAAAGUUGUUGGUUGAAGUAGACAAGGGUUCUGACGCUGCAAACAAACGACUUAAAGAGGUGUAUACAGAGCUAGAAGUGAUCGGAGCAGACAAAGCCGAAGCUAAAGCAAGAAGGAUUCUAAAUGGUCUUGGGUUCACGAUCGAGAUGCAAAGUCGACCCACGAGACAUUUUUCUGGAGGCUGGAGGAUGCGUGUCUCAUUAGCAAGGGCUUUAUUUGUUGAACCUACUUUGCUGAUGUUGGAUGAACCAACGAAUCAUUUGGAUUUGAAUGCAGUUAUUUGGCUUGACAAUUACCUACAAUCAUGGAAAAACACACUGUUAGUUGUGUCCCACGACCAACACUUUCUGGACAAUGUUUGCACCGAUAUUAUUCACCUAGAUGACCAACAACUGUUUUAUUACAAAGGGAAUUACUCAUCUUUCAAAAAAAUGUAUCAUCAAAAACUCAUAGAGAGGAAAAAGGCUUUUGAGAAGCAGGAAAAGCAUAUCAAGGCAUUGAAGCAAUCAGGAAAGUCAUCCAAGCAAGCUGAAGCACAAGCCAAGAAAACUGCUGUCAGAAAGGACAAAAGCAAAAAGGAUGAGGCUGUUGUGGAUUCUGCAAAGAAACAGGAACUUUUGAGAAAGCCACGGGAAUAUGAAGUCAAAUUCACAAUACCAUGCCCUCCUCCACUGAAUCCACCAAUUUUGGGCUUGAAAGAUGUCAAAUUUGGAUACCCCGACCAGCCUUUACUCUUCAAAAUGGUUAAUUUUGGUAUCGAUAUGUCUUCAAGAGUUGCUUUAGUCGGGCCAAAUGGUGUUGGAAAAAGUACGUUUCUUAAACUUCUUUGUGGGAGAUUACAACCACUGGAGGGAGAGCUGAUAAAGAAUCCAAGAGUGCGUAUUGGCUUUUACAAUCAACAUUCGGCAGACCAGCUAAACUUGAACGAGUCAUCUGUAGAAUAUAUGCAGCGUGAAUUCAACCUUGAUUACCAAGAUAGUCGAAAACUUCUUGGAAGAUUUGGUUUACCCGGUCAUGCACAUACUAUAAAGAUCAGAGACCUCUCAGGUGGGCAAAAGUCGAGGGUAGCUUUAGCUGAUAUGGCAUCGAGGCAGCCUGAUAUAAUUAUCUUGGACGAACCUACAAAUAAUUUGGAUAUUGAAUCAAUCGAUGCACUUGCCGACGCUAUUAAUAAAUUUACUGGAGGGGUGAUUAUUGUCAGCCAUGAUGCUCGACUUAUAUUAGAAACAGACUGUCGUCUCUCGAUUGUUGAGGACCAGUCAGUGGAAGAGAUCGACGGGGAUUUUGAUGAUUAUAGAAAGGAAAUUCUCGAAGCACUUGAAGAGCCUAUUGCAAACAAACACUAACUUCUGUUAUUCAAAAUCAAUUUUACAUUUAUUGGUUGGUGUAGUACAAAGUAUAAGAAUUUCCUUCGCACAACCUCGCUUUGUCCUGUUUUUGCAU